CCGCGAGGUGCUGAAUGGUCUUUGUUCAAAAGAAGCUGCUGAGGCAGAGCGCACUGGGAGUUGUUCCAUGGACAAUAUGAGUGUGACUGCGUUGUGCAUUUUUUCCACUCUCUAACACCGCCUGCUUGCUGUAGUGCAGAUUGUGCUUUGAUAAAGUCUUUUUUUUUUUCACGAAUCUUUCAGCAAGUCAUGGCUUAGGGGAGAGACAUGAGUAUCCAAACAGAGGACAGUAUCAGCCUAUGUAAGAAGGCUCUGCAGAUCGUGUCAGACCUUUGCCUUGGAGGGCAAGUAGAGUCGGAGAAAUGUUUAGGCAUCUUUCCAGUGGAGAGGAGCAAACCAGGUAAAGGUAGCUCAGAGCUUUGCCUGGGAGGGCAAGUAGAGUGGGAGAAAUGUUUAGGCAUCUUUCCCGUGGAGAGGAGCAAACCAGGUAAAGGUAGCUCAGACAUCUCAGUCAGUCUCCUUGCUGUAGUCGUCAGUUUCUGUGGGCUUGCCCUGUUGGUAGUCUCUCUCUUUGUCUUUUGGAAGCUUUGUUGGCCAUGCUGGAGGAGCAAGGCUCUCACAUCUCAUGCCAAUAACGUCCCCCAGAAUACCCCCAGCCCGCCUGCAGAGGUGGUGGAAACUGAUGCAAAAAAGGAGAUAAAGGAAAACGGGAAGAGUUCUGUGAAGCUUAUGGAGGCUGCUAUGAAGAUUAGCCAGACUUCUCCAGACAUCCCAGCCGAGGUGCAGACAGCUCUGAAGCAGCACCUCAUGAGGCAAACCAGAAUGCAGAGGCAGAUCACAGAGCCCACCUCAUCAUCCAGGCAUAAUUCGUUUAGGAGGCAUUUGCCUCGACAAAUGCAGGUGUCGAGUGUGGAUUUUAGCAUGGACAGCUUUCAGAGGAGAGAGACAACCAUCAGCAUUGGGCGCAUAAAGCCAGAACUUUAUAAACAGAAGUCUGUCGAUUCUGAGGACAACCCAAAUGAGAACAUUGAAACCUGCGGAAAACUGAACUUCACGCUUCAGUAUGACUAUGAGAACGAGAUGCUUGUAGUUAAAAUUAUCAAAGCAUUAGAGCUGCCUGCCAAGGACUUUACAGGGACCUCCGACCCCUAUGUGAAGAUCUAUCUGCUUCCAGACAGAAAAAAGAAGUUUCAGACACGAGUGCACAGGAAGACUCUUGAUCCCAUCUUUGAUGAGACCUUUCAGUUUCCUGUGGUGUAUGAUCAGUUAAGCAACAGGAAGCUUCACUUCAGUGUGUAUGACUUUGACAGGUUCUCCAGUCACAAUAUGAUUGGAGAAGUUGUUGUGGACAAUCUGUUUGAGGUGUCUGAUCUCUCCAGGGAAACGGCUGUUUGGAAGGACAUUCAUUGUGCCACCGCAGAAAGCGUUGAUUUGGGGGAAAUCAUGUAUUCUUUGUGCUACCUACCGACUGCUGGGAGAAUGACACUGACUGUCAUUAAAUGCAGAAAUCUCAAGGCAAUGGACAUUACAGGCUCCUCAGAUCCUUAUGUUAAAGUGUCCCUUUUGUGUGAUGGCCGAAGGUUAAAAAAACGGAAAACAACCACCAAGAAGAGCACACUGAACCCAGUUUACAAUGAGGCAAUCAUCUUCGACAUCCCCCCGGAGAAUGUGGAGCAGGUCAGCGUAGCCAUCAUGGUGAUGGACUAUGAUCGCGUUGGCCACAAUGAGGUGAUUGGGGUGUGCAGAGCUGGGCCUGAAGCCACAGGUCUUGGGCGUGAUCACUGGAAUGAAAUGCUGGCUUAUCCUCGCAAGCCAAUAACCCACUGGCAUGCACUGGUAGAGUGGCCUGGACAAGCAACUAGUUUCGACAGUCAGGGGUCCUGUGCGUCACCAAAACCACCCCUGACACCAUAAAAGGAGUUUAAUAAAGUAGACUCUGCUCUUAGAAGAGUGUCACAAGCUACUGUACAUCUGGGGAUCAAACAACUGAUUUUAUUAUUAUUAUUAUUAUUAUUAUUAUUAUUAUUAUUAUUAUUAUUAUUAUUAUUAUUAUUAUUAUUAUAUAUUUUUUAAUGAAGUGGAAUAGGUUACUGAAGCUUGCUAAUGUGCUAAUGAUCUGAUAAAUUACAAUCGCUUUUAAAUGCUUUAUUAUUAGGUUUUGUUCUUCUGCAUCAGUAAUGGCUAACAAAUGAUCUGUCAUUUGAUUUAGAUCCCCAAGAAUGUACUUUAAUACAUUACAAAUCAUAUCAAAAUCAUAUCUUUAAAUGUUUUGUAUUGUAAAUACAAUGUAAGCUAGUUGGGGUAUAAAGUAUAGUAUUUAUCAAAU